AUAUUUGUAAAUGUAAGUCCCCUCCCGAGCAACCGUGAAUAACUGCCAUCUCUCUCUUUCUCUCUCACAUUCUCAACCAAGUCUUCUUCAUUUCAUUCUCCCCACAAAUCUGAAAAUUUCUGGUAUAUAUCGUCAACAAAUCUUCUUGUUCAGGACAUGAGUACUCCAAAUUCUAAUAAUAAGAGAUUAGAUUCUGCACCAGACAUUUCAGGCGAUGAUGAUGAAACUCAAAUCACAAUCUCCACCGAAACAACAACAACAACAACCAACCGAUUGCCACCACAAGAGAUACACCGAGUCUGUUUACCUCCAAACCGAACCACCUUUCAGAAACUCAAACACAGGCUCUCAGAGAUGUUCUUCCCAGACGAUCCUUUCUACAGAUUCAAAAACCAGACUUUGCUCAGAAAAUGGGUUCUGGGUUUGCAAUAUGUCUUCCCUAUAUUUCAAUGGUUUCCCAGUUAUAGCAUCCAACUCUUCAGAUCUGAUCUCAUCUCUGGUCUCACGAUUGCUAGCUUGGCCAUUCCACAGGGUAUUAGUUAUGCAAAACUCGCCAAUCUUCCACCUAUAAUCGGAAUAUAUUCAAGCUUUGUGCCACCAUUAAUAUACUCAGUUCUUGGGAGUUCAAGUCAUCUUGGGGUUGGGCCAGUGUCAAUAGCUUCUCUGGCGAUGGGGACAAUGCUUGGUGAGAUGAUAUCUCCUAUUCUUGAACCAGAUCUCUAUCUCAGACUUGCUUUCACUUCAACCUUCUUUGCUGGUGUUCUUCAAGCUUCUUUGGGUAUAUUUAGGUUAGGUUUCAUUAUAGAUUUUCUGUCAAAGGCAACUCUAAUUGGGUUCAUGGCUGGAGCAGCUCUGAUUGUGUCCCUGCAACAGCUUAAAGGAUUGCUUGGAAUUGUUCACUUCACUGCCAAGAUGCAGUUUAUUCCUGUCAUGUCCUCUGUUUUCCAUCACAAGAAUGAGUGGUCUUUGCAAACAAUGACAAUGGGAUUCAGUUUCCUAAUAUUUCUACUGGCAGCAAGACAAAUUAGCUUGAUGAAACCAAAGCUAUUCUGGGUUUCGGCAGCCGCGCCAUUAACAUCGGUCAUUGUGUCAACUUUUCUGGUCUUCUUUCUCGGACCUAACGCACAAAGUAUUUCACAAAUUGGAAGCUUGCCAGUGGGUAUCAACAGACCUACAGUAAGCAUGCUGUAUUUUAAAGGUCCUCAUCUAGGGCUUGGUAUCAAAACAGGCAUUGUAACUGGGAUAUUGUCUCUCACGGAAGGAAUUGCAGCAGGAAGAACAUUUGCUUCUCUUCAAAACUAUCAAGUUGAUGGAAACAAAGAAAUGACAGCAAUUGGUCUCAUGAACAUGGCUGGUUCUUGCUGCUCAUGCUAUGUCACCACAGGAUCAUUCUCGCGAUCCGCUGUGAACUACAAUGCCGGAGCAAAGACAGCAUUUUCAAACAUAGUGAUGGCAGCAGCAGUGCUAGUGACUCUGCUGUUUCUCAUGCCACUGUUUUAUUACACUCCAAAUGUGAUCUUAGCAGCAAUUAUCAUAACCUCUGUGAUUGGCUUGAUCGACUACGAUGCAGCUAUUCGGUUGUGGAAGAUUGACAAGCUUGAUUUCUUUGCAUGUUUGUGUUCAUUUGUUGGGGUUCUGUUUAUCUCUGUGCAGACUGGUCUUGCCAUUGCUGUGGGAGUGUCAGUAUUUAAGAUAAUCCUCCAUGUUACAAGGCCAAACACUGAUAUGUUGGGGAAUAUUCAAGGUACUCAAAUAUACCAAAGUCUCAGUCGUUAUGAGAAUGCAACUAGAGUUCCAGCAUUCCUCAUCCUAGCCAUUGAAUCUCCCAUCUAUUUUGCAAACUCAACCUAUCUCCAAGAAAGCUUUUGCAGAAUAUUAAGAUGGGUUAGGGAAGAGGAAGAGAGGAUCAAAGCUAACAAGGAGACUUCCCUAAAAUGUGUGAUUUUGGAUAUGACAGCUGUAACAGCCAUUGACACUAGCGGGAUUGAUGCUAUAUAUGAAUUGAACAAAACACUGCACUUGAGAUCACUCCAGCUUGUUUUGGUGAAUCCUGUUGGGGAUGUAAUGGAAAAGCUCAACAACUCAAAAAUUUUAGAUCUGUUUAGAUUGAGUGGGCUUUAUUUGACAGUUGGGGAAGCUGUUGCUGAUACAUCAUCUUUGUGGAAGCCUUGAGGAUAAACACGAAACCGGUCACAAAACAGUUGUGACCGAUUCUAAGUUUGAUAUUUGUAUUAUUAGUAUUAUUGAAGCCUUGAUCGUGAGCAGACACAGGAUGAUUUUAACAUUUCGCUGCUACAAGAAUGUGGCACCUGAUGUUUUAUUCUAGCAAUGUACAAUGAACUUUGCUUAGAAGAAGGUGUAGGAGUUGUAUUUAACUAGAAAAAAACAUAGGAAUUUUUAGAAUCUAUAGUGUAAAACAAGGACAUUUAUUCGCAUAUAUACGGCUUCUUUGAUUGCAGAAUUGAUGGUUUGUAUCAA